AUGGGUGUGCCUCAUCUACUGACAGUUUUUAUUUUUGCUGCUUGCAAUUACGGGGACAUCAUGAAGGUUGACACAACCGGAGCAUCUCAGAAAACAGCUGCACAAGACAGACUGACAUACGAUGGUGUGCCAGCGUCCAACAAGAUGGCACAAACAGACUUGGACAGUAUGAACAAUUACAAAAGCAUAAUCCAGAAAGUGGGAACGCAAAAGCAAGUUGAUCCUGCCAUCAUCGCUGCCAUCAUUUCCAGAGAGUCCAGGGCUGGAAAGGUAUUGAAGAAUGGCUGGGGAGACAACGGUAACGCCUGGGGACUCAUGCAGGUUGAUACAAGGUAUCAUACUAAACAAGGUGAAUGGAAUAGUGAGGAACACCUCAGCCAAGGGACAGCCAUCUUGACUGAUUUCAUCGGAAAGAUCAAGAACAAAUUCCCAAGCUGGACUGCAGAGCAGCAACUCAAAGGCGGGAUUGCGGCCUACAACAUUGGUCUGGGAGGCGUUCAAACAUAUGAAAGGAUGGACGUGGGCACCACAGGAGAUGACUACUCCAGUGACGUCGUUGCCAGAGCUCAGUGGUACAAAAGCAGUGGAGGGUUUUAG